UGCCGAGCAAAAUUCUCUCUCGCCUGCGUUUUACCACCGUAUUUAGUUGUCACACUGUGCAACUGCUUUCUGUUGCUCAUCGUCGGCAGCAGAUUUUAAAUAAAUAGCACAGCACAACAACAUCACGCACAACGCGAGCGCGAACAACAAACAUUCAACAAACGUACAAAAAUAAAAGAAUUAUAUAGAGAAAAAAAAAAGAAAAGAAUUGGAAAAAAGCAACGGCAAUUUGAAAUAACUUUUGGACAAGUGGAGAGUGAACCAACCGAGUGGAGGUGUGCCACCCCGGCCCCCGUCCUCGCCCGCGCCCAUCAUCAUCGCAGCGACAAGCCAACAGCCGCCAACGUCGUUGGUGCUAAUGUGCAAAGUUUUGUGUUUUCAUCAGCAACAACAACAACAACUACAACUAGAACAACAAGAGUGAAAAAAAUCAGAGAAAAUUAUUUAAAAAGUGUGUGCAAAUAGACGACGAAAAGUGGGCGACCAGAGUGGCUGGCAGCAGCAACAACAACAAUAACAAGAAUAAAAACCCCUGGAGAAUUAACAGAACGGAAAACAGUUGCCGAGUUUGCUAAAAAUGCCCUUCGUGACACCCCGUAGCACAACAAGCGCUGGCAGCGGCGGCGGCAGCGGCAGCGGCAGCAGCGGACGUACCACAUUUCGUCCGCCGUGGGUGAAGGAGGAUGCGGCCACCACAAAGCCAGCGACAACGCCCUGGGCCAAGAAGGCAACCGCCAACGCGACCAAGGAAAAUGGCGAAAAGGCACCGGCAACCGCAGCAACCACAGCGACAACGACCACGACAGCCAACAGCAAAGUAAAGGCAGCGCCCGAAAAAACAACAACCACUGCGGUGGCCAAGAAGUCAGCUGAGCCAGCUAAGAAAUCAGCUGCGGAGCCCGUCAAGAAACCAGCAACAGCUGCUCCAGCGACCACAACAGCAGCUGCCAAAAAGAACGCCGAACCCAUUGCUAAGAAGGUGACGGUGCCGGUGAAGAAAGCAGCUCCAGAGCCCGCAAAGAAAGCAGCUCCCGAACCUGUGAAGAAGGCAGCGCCAGAGCCAGUAAAGAAAGCGGCAGCAAGUGUGGUAACAAAGAAGCUGCCGGCUAAGAAGAAGGAACCCACGCCACCGCCAGAGUCAUCCUCUGAGGAAGAGGAGAGCGAAGAGGAAGAAGAGGAAAGUGAAGAAGAAACCGAGUCCGAGGAAGAAGAGACCGAGGAGGAGGAAACCGAUGACGACGAGGACGAAGACGAAGACGACGAUGAUGAUGAUGAUGACGACGAUGAUGAUGACGACACCACAAUGGAGGCCAAGGUGCCAGAGCAUGUUAAGAAAGCCGCACAACUGCGCCCAACGCAGGUCAACAAACGAACGGAGCCGCAGGAAAGUGAGUUGACACAGCGUUUCACCCUAGAGAAACCCAAAUUGCGCAGCGUUGUUGUCAAGCGGGAUAAAUCAAUGAAAAAGGUUGCGCCCGAGGACGACGACGAAGCCGUCGAGGGUGAAACCGAGGAGGAGCGUGAGCGUCGCUUGCGCUUUAAACUUGAGAAACCAAAGCUGAGGCAUGUGAAGCGCGAGGAGAAACCGUUGCCCAGCAAGAGCACAGAUAAUCUGCUCAAGAUUCGUCCAGUGCUUAAAAAGGUACCCAAAGUUGAUGAAAUACUUAAAGAACCCAAAGAAGAACCCAAGCCCGAGUUCAAAACCAAAACCCUGAGGAAAGCGCCCUCAAUAAAGCGCGAACCGAGCAUAAAAAAUGUUCCAGCGCCUCCGCCGCUGCCAUCUCUGGUUCCAAAGGCACCACCACCACCACCGCCCCCAUUGGCUCCCGGCGAGAAGCGCGUGCUAUCCGAAACGCAGAAGAAAACGCUCGAAAAGCUGAAAACACGACCACGCCGACGACCAGACUGGUCCGAGAUGAUGAAGGAGGUCGAGAGCGGCAAAAAGCUUCGCCAUGUGGCAUGCAACGAUAGAUCUCAGCCCAUAUUGACGUGCAAAUCAAUGACCAAAGUGGACGACAAGUUCAUAUACGAAACAGAAAAGGACAAUUCGCACAACAAGCUGCUCAAGCAGAUCCAAGGUGGAGUUCGCCUACGUCCAACACAGACAAACGAUCGCAGCAAACCCAUCCUUGAAGGUUUGCGCAAGUUCCGUCGCCAGAAGACUAUUGAGGAGCAGCUUCUCAAGUCCCAAUCGAAGGUUAAUAUGUUAAGUGAGGCGCCUAGCAGCCAUGCCCUGGGACCAGGAGCGAAUGCUAGUGCCCUUGGAGCUGGUAGCUCGAGGCCCAGUAUUGUGUCAGCCAUGUCGAUUGAUGAGGAAAGUCCCGAUGAGUUGGAUGACAUCGACAAGAUUCGUGACGAUCUGCAGAGCACAAAGCAAAUGCUGGCCAUGGAGCUGCGCAAUCGUGAGGCGCAGGAGCGUGAGAACAAGAAACUGCUGGCGAAGAUUAGGACUUUAGAAACGGAACUGGAGCGAGAGAAGUCGAGAGAGAAGAAUUUGGAGUACGGAUCAAAUGUCAUUGUUGCCACCAUGGAUCCAACGCCAACGUCGGAGCAAGCGUAUGUCAAUUCGUUGAAACGUGAAGUGGAAGAUGCGAGAAAGGUAUCCAAGGAGGUGGAACAGAACUAUCACGAUACCAGCGAACUGCUCGUCGAUGCGAAAACGGAAAUCGAGGAACAAAAGCGACAGAUACAAUUGCUGGAGCGCAAAUUGGCAGCGGCGCUGCAGGGCAAUACGACGCCAAGCACUAACAGACCGCAUAUUAGUAUUUGCUUUGCUUACGACGAUGACAACGAUGAUUACUACGACCAGUUGAACUCCAAUUAUGGUAAUCACGGCCUGAACAAGGGUGGCGGCUCAUUAGAUGGAUCGAGGAGACCAAGCGAUGUGCACUUUGGACGCGACAGCUCGCCAGAACUGGAUCUAGAGCUUAGUGAAAGCGAUCCCGAUGAACCCGAGGAAAAGAAGACAGAGCGAAGAGAACGACGACUGGGCAAGGAGGUGAAAGUGUUACGCAGCAAACUGACCAAACUCAAGGUCAAGGAGGAGGCAGCCAAGAAAGAGAAGGAUGCACUGAAGCAGGCUAUGAAGAAGAAUCAUGUUAUACUCAAGGAGGAAAACAAAAAGUUCAAGAAGCUGGAGAAAGAAGUGCAGAAGAUGGCUGCAUCCAUGAAGCUGGACGAAGACGAAUUAGACGGCGAAGAUAAAGACGACGAAGAAGAAGCCGAAGCAGAGGAGGAGGAAGAGGAAGAAUCUGAAGAAGAGUCGGAGGAAUCUGAAUCAGAAGAAAGCGGAGAGGAAUCAGGCAGCGAAUCAGAGGCAGAGGACUCCGCCAACUCCGCCAAAAAGGGAAAUCUGGAGCCGAGGGUGAAGAAGCACGAGAGUCGCUUUGCCGCAAUGAAGAAGUGCAACGUUCUGCUGCAGGCGAAUGUGGACAAUUUGCAGGAUCAAAUUUCACAGGUGCGUUCCAGGGCAACGAAUCUGCAGGACGAACUGGAUGCCGUAAUUGCCGAUUUGGGUUUCUAAAUACAACACCAACAGCAGCAGCAGCAACAACAACUGCGAACAGCUGAAGCCAACAAUCGAAUCGAAUGUACAACGUGUUUGUUUUCUGUUUGCGUAGUGUUCCUUUUUUCAAUGUAUUUAAAUAUAAUAAUAUUAUCAAAACAUGUA